AUGCAGCACGGGAUGCAGGACGUCGAGACAGGCUUCACGCCUCUCGCGCUCGACUAUCACGGUCUCGCCCAGACGCCGUCGCUAGACGAGCACAAGUAUCGCUCACACGUCCCCUCCGCGCCGCCUGAGCCGAAGGGAAUCGCCCGCACGCUCUUCAUCGUUAUCUUGGGCGGCCUCGCCCUCGCCCUCGCACAACUCGCCGUCCCGGCCAUCCUCGUCGCCUACAUCUUCGUCGUCCACAAUGGCAGCAUCUCCGUCGCCAAUCGAGCCGUGUACACCACCGCCCCGCUGGGUCGCGUCACGGCUAUCGCCAACUUUCUGGAGACUGUCAUUUCGCAUACCGGUCCGCCGGCCAUGGCUCUCUGGGCCUACCUCGUUGGGGCGAAGUGGCUUCGUUCGAGCGUCAAGAGGGAUUCGAAGAGUCUCAUGACGCCCGUACAAUACGCUCUCGAGAUGAAGCUUCUGAAUUCCGCAAACCUCAACAGCAUCUUCCGCGCCUAUCGUCUACGCAUGAAGCUCGAUUCGUCGACGCGGCGCUUCAGGAAGAACGGCGUCGCCUUGCCACGCUCCGUCAAACGAACCUUGAGCCUCCUCGUCUGGCUUACGCUUUGGCGCUACGUCGUUGCAGGCAUCAACACAGCCUUUCAAGCGACCGCCAUUGCCGGACUCGUGCCGGAUCGCCUCAGUUCUGGCGUGACGACCGCCUACUUCACCGUCGGGCGCGCGCUCAACCAGACCCGCUGCGACGCCGCCACGGCAUCGGCCAGUACCCGUGCAGCCGACUCGUGCGGCUUAGAAAACGGCUCGAACAACGUCAUGUUCCUCUACAUGCCGCAAGCCGAACGAGUCCUGUCAAACUCGUCUACCGUCAACUCAGUUGCUUGGCUGGACGACAACACGGCGAUCUUGACGGACCCGACUCUGCCAGACGUCCGCUUUACGGCCUCGUCGCCUGCCAUCUGGUCAGACUGCCGCACCGAGACGGCCUUGUGUCUGUGCGAAGGAUACGGCAACCCGGUGUACGACGGCGUGAACGCACAAACCUGCGAUGUCGGCCCUGAAGCGUGGCUCGCGCUCGACUGCGCACCAUCAGUGCGGUUCAAUGCGACUGCCUUGCUCAACCGGGUCGAGAGCGGGAACAGUGGGACUUUUCCCGCCGCAUCGCUGCUCACAGCCAAUGGCUCGUUGACGUCCACACCCGAAGUGGAUCCCACCACACGAACUGCUUCGCUGGGGAUCAUUCUGGUCACGCCUACGUACUCAGAUGGCGUAGAAGACGAUAACUGGGCUGGCUCUACCGGCUUCUUCCGCCAUGGACACAGCGGUAGCUGGAACGUCCUUGUGUGUGACUUGUGGGCGAGCACGGUCGUCUACAGCUACUCGCCUAGUACCGGUUUCUCGUACGUGUCGAGGCAGCCGGCGAGCCCGGAACUGGCAAAAUACCUGACCUACCAUGCCGACGUUGGCAUCCAAGCGGUCGCUCAGCUUGCGGAAGGCGCCGGUCUCGGAAACUCGAGCGCGUCCUACGUCGACGUCUUCGGUCGUCACCUCAGCAAGUCGGUCCUCUCGAUGGCGAGCGUCCUCAUGACACCGACUGCGCCUAUCAGCGUGUCAGGCGGCGACGUACUUGGCACGGGGCUCAACCUCCCGCUCUUCCUCGCCUACCUGGCAACUUCGGUCGUCUCCGCCCUGACAAUCCUGUUCAUGACCGUCUUCAUCGUCGCCGCCUGCCUCGGCACCCCUCGCGACCUCCGCCCUUUCGUCAAACCCGUCCAAGCCCGCCUCACCGACUCGACUUUCCUCGCGAACUGGCUCUACGGCAAGUGCACGACCCACCCGAAGCGCAUCUACUCGGACGAACCGCUCGACCUUUUCGAGCCGGAGCAGGAGAGCGAGCGACUCGCCAUCGAGCCGCGCGUCGACGGCUACGGCUGGAGCCUGCGCCCGUCUCGCCUCUAG